GUUUUUGAUGAAGAAGAAGAAAGCAAGUUGUCCUAUACGGAGAUUCAUCAGGAGUACAAAGCUCUGGUUGAAAAACUGCUAGAAGGUUAUCUUAAGGAAAUUGGAAUUAAUGAAGAAACAUUUCAAGAAGCGUGUUCAUCUCCUCUUGCAAAGUCACAUACGUCACAGGCCAUUUUGCAACCAGUGUUGGCAGCAGAAGAUUUUAGAUUAUUUAAGGAAAUGAUGGUACAGAAAAACAUUGAAAUGCAGUUGCAAGCCAUUAGAAUCAUUCAAGAAAGAAAUGGUGUGCUACCCGACUGUUUGACAGAUGGUUCUGAUGUGUUCACUGAAAUUGAACAACAAGAAAUGAAAAUACUCAGAGAGGUUCUUAGGAAGUCUAAGGAAGAGUAUGAAAUGGAGCAAGAAAGGAAAAGGUCUAAAGAGACACAUGAUAAAUUGAAGUCAUCAGAUGUUACAUACGACUGUCCCGGAUAUUCAAGAGCAGCAAAAGAUAAGGAAUCCACUGAAGAUAUUGAGAGAGUUGAUGAUUUUGAAGACAUUGCAAAAUUAUCAUUAGAAGAAACAAACAAACCUACUAAGGAAGAUUUAAGGCCUGUGCAUCCUCUGGUAAGAGUGAUAGAACCUCCUCCGCAGCUUUCUGAGCCUACCAAACUGAAAGAAGAAAUUAAGAAAAAGGGAACUGGAAAUUGUUCAGAGAAUGCAACAAGAGAAGCUGGGCCUGAGGGAUUUAAUUUAUCAGAGCUUGAACCACACCACCUCAGACAACGAGAAGACUAUUUGAAACAGAAGCGAGAUACACUGAUGGCUAUGAAGAAGGAAUCAAGAAAUAAUCUACCAACACCAAAUAUAGAUCAGAAAGAAGAGGCAUUAUCUUCUAAAGAGGAAAUGUCAGAAGAGGAGAAGCAAAGACUACUGCUAAAGAGGAGAAUGCUUGCAGCAAAACUUAAAGAAGAAGUUAUUAACAAACGCUAAGUUUUAAGAAUCUCAUUGUAAGAAUACUUGUGGACAAGAAUUGAAUUUCUUUUACAAUAAAUUAUUUAACCAUAAA